CAUCAACACCUUGCUUCCUUCCUACAAUACCACUGUGCUUAGUUUAACGGAGUGGUACUGAAUUUACUGCUCUUCUCGCCAAUAAUUAACUGUAAUUAAUGGCUAAGAACUACCAGUCUACCACUACGCAUUCAUAGAGAUUUCUUUCUUUCUUCUCUUCCUUUUUUCCAUCUUCUCCUGCCCAAUCUGCGCCUGGUUCUUUGAACUGGAUUUAAUGUUAGGUUGGGGUCCGGGUGAGAGGAAAAGCAGAGUGAGAGAAAAAGUGGGUUAGGGAGUUAAAGCUUUAGGUGAAAAUUUCGAGACCCUUUUUUUUUAAUUUCUCUGAUCUGUUUCAUUGUUCUCUUAAUUUUCGCCUUCCAAUUAUUGGGUGUCUUCAUCUUUGCUGCAUUUCUUCAUCCAAGUGACAGCCACAUUCAUUUGUCAAUUGAGCUUUAAUGUACCGGAAAAGGCUUAACCACAAAAAAUGAGCUGAAGAGCAGUGAUAUUUACUCUGUUGUUUUGCUUUCUCUCCAUCGUUUUCGAGAUUAAAUGUCGUUCCGUAGUAUAGUUCGUGAUGUUAGAGAUAGCUUCGGCAGCUUUUCAAGGCGCAGCUUUGACGUUAGGCUGUCCAGCCAUCACAGGGGAAGAUCUCAUGGUUCAUUCCAUGACCUAAGUGACCAUUCCCCGGUAAUCCAGAACAGCUGUUGGUCUAAUCUCCCACCGGAGCUACUUUUUGAUGUUAUCAGAAGGUUGGAGGAGAGCGAGAGCACAUGGCCUUCUCGUAAACAUGUCGUUGCGUGUGCUGCAGUUUGCAGGUCUUGGAGGAGCAUGUGUAAGGAAAUUGUUAGAGGUCCGGAAUUUUGUGGAAAGCUCACUUUUCCCGUUUCAUUGAAGCAGCCUGGAUCUCGUGAUGGAACUAUUCAAUGCUUCAUCAAGCGUGAUAAGUCUAACUUGACAUAUCAUCUGUUUUUGUGUCUUAGUCCCGCUUUGCUAGUUGAAAAUGGGAAGUUCCUUCUCUCUGCAAAAAGAACUCGUCGAACUACUUGCACAGAAUAUAUCAUCUCAAUGAAUGCCGAAAACAUCUCUCAAUCAAGCAACACAUAUAUUGGGAAACUGAGGUCAAAUUUUCUCGGAACAAAAUUUAUAAUAUAUGAUACACAACCCCCAUGUAGUAGUGCACAUAUCCCUGCUCCAGGGCGUACAAGUCGAAGAUUCUAUUCCAAGAAAGUCUCUCCGAAAGUCCCAACUGGAAGCUACAGCAUAUCUCAUAUCACAUAUGAACUGAAUGUGCUCGGAACGAGGGGUCCACGGAGAAUGCAUUGUAUCAUGCAUUCGAUUCCUGCUUCAUCACUUGAUGCCGGUGGUACCGUGCCUGGACAACCCGAGCUUCUCCCGGGAUCUCUCGAGGACUCGUUCCGGAGCAUGUCUUUCUCGAAAUCUCUUGACCAUUCUACUGAAUUCAGUAGUGCACGGUUUUCUGACAUUGGCAUAUCGUCGUCCAAUGAAGACAAUGAUGGCAAGGCGAGACCUUUGGUUCUUAAGAACAAGGCGCCACGUUGGCACGAACAGUUGCAGUGCUGGUGCCUAAAUUUUCGAGGACGGGUUACAGUUGCAUCUGUAAAAAAUUUCCAACUGAUUGCCGCCACACAACCCGCUACCAAUGCACCAACGACCUCCCAGCCGCCAAGCCAGCCAGAUCACGAUAAGGUCAUCCUGCAGUUCGGGAAGGUUGGCAAAGAUAUGUUUACCAUGGAUUACCGAUAUCCCUUAUCUGCAUUUCAGGCUUUUGCUAUCUGCUUGAGUAGCUUCGACGCCAAGUUGGCUUGUGAAUAGAAGAGAAAACCAUCCUCACAUUAGGGUGUUACAGAUAACAAUUAUAAUCCCCUUAUGUUCAUUUCCUGUUAGCUUAUUUGUCGCUUUCUUCACCAUUAGAAUUGAAGUUGUCGAAAAUUCUAUGAAGCAUUUGAGGCAUGAUAUCUCAGAGGUUUUUUACCAAAACAUUAGUGUCUCAAUACUAUAUGCUCUUCAACUGGCAUAAUUAUCCCAAAAUUAUGGUAUAA